UUCUCUCUAACCUCUCUUUUUCUCUCUCUAGAAAGAAAGAAUCUAGGGUUUGUUCCGAACAGUGAAUCUUCUUCGCUAUUGAGCUCCACUGCUUCUGGUUAUUAUGUGACGUUUUUAUCCACAACCAGAAAACACGAGGAGGACACUGAUUUCCUGAUAUAAUGGCAACCGAAAGUCCAAUUAGAAUGCCAGAAACUAGUGGGAAGUGGGCAUCCCAUAAGAAGGCCUCAACCUUUGUUCCAUCAUCUGCUAGUAUGGCAGCAGAGGAAUUGAAACUACUACUGAAAGGCCACAGCUUUACUGGCAGCGGAAAGGAUGUCGCUCCUAACCGAAGCGGGAGCGCGCCCCCUAGCAUGGAGGGUUCGUUUUUGGCCAUUGAUAAUCUAUUGUCCCAGCAGAAUGCCGAAGCAAGUGAAAGCUUGGAAACUCUUAAUAUUGCUAUUGGGAAUUAUGAGUCUGAGGAACAAAUGCGUGCUGAUCCAGCUUAUUUGUCCUAUUACUGCUCCAAUGUGAAUCUGAACCCUAGACUUCCUCCCCCACUUAUUUCAUGGGAGAAUCGCCGGUUAGUACGCCAUAUUGGUAGUUUUGGGAAUAAUUGGGGAUUGACUUCUGUAGACGACAGUGGUAAUGUUUCCUUGCACUUUUCUCAAGGAUCCCUUCCUACACACAAGGAAGAAUCCGAAGAUGAGCAGUCAUCCCAGCAGCCUUCUAACAGUUGGGUAGAUGGGACAAGUGAAAUUUGGUCUGGAGAGGACAACAAUACAUCAGCAGACCAACACAAAGUUGCUGCUGACUUAUUACGGGAAGAUUUUCGUGGCUCCCCAUCGCCUGUAUAUAAUCAACGUCAUGUUUUAAGCGACGAAAUAGCUGAGGAAUCUGCUGAUCAUGAUACUGGUUCCAGCUCCUUGUAUGAUUCUCCUAUUAACACACCCAAUAAUAUUAUGUCCAAUAUGGGAAUGGAUGAUGCAGCAUCAUCAAAUGUCGAUCUCUCAUCUGCUCCUGGUCCCAGUUCAUCGUCUCUUGAUUGUACUAGAAGCAUGAGUGGUAAUGACUCAAGAAUUAAUGUCAUUGCUUCUGAAAUGAAGGCUCUUAAUAUCUCUAACCUUCGAAAUUCUGGGAAUCAAGUAAAUCAAGAACAAUGGCAGCACAAAUGCCAGAAUAAUUUUGUGCAAAACAAGAUACACCAACAACAAAGCAAUUUAGGUCAAACCCAAAGUGCCAAAUCUCAAGUAGCUAACCAAGGAGUUAACUCCACAUAUGCCGGUGUGGAUCAAUUUCUCCACGGCCCCUCUAAGUUCUCAGCUGAGGUACAGCCUGUACUACACUCGUCAGGGUUCACACCUCCGCUUUAUGCUAAUGCGGCAGCCUACAUGGCUUCAGCAAAUCCAUUUUAUUCAAAUAUGCAGGCUCCUGGCCUUUUCCCUACACAAUAUGUUGGUGGAUAUACUUUGAAUCUCAAUGCUUUUCCUCCAUACAUGGCUGGAUAUCCUCCUUCUGGAGCUGUUCCAUUGGUUGUUGAUGGAAAUGCAGGUCCAAGCUUCAACACUCGAACACCUGGUGUUUCAGCUGGUGGUACUAUUCCUCAUGGGGUGGAUGUGCAGAACUUAAAUAAAUUUUAUGGACAACUUGGCUUUCCAAUGCAGCCUUCUUUUGUUGACCCUAUGUAUAUGCAAUAUCCUCAGCAGCCGUUUGGAGAACCAUAUGGUAUUCCUGGUCCGUUUGAUCCGAUGGUGGCAAGGGGUGGUGUUAUUGGAGGUCAGGUUAAUGUUCCUGACCCAAAGAAAGUAUUGGAUAAUGCUCCUUAUAUGGAUGAGCACAAAAUUCAGCAUCAGAGACAUCCUUCACCUGCUAUGACUCCACGAAGAGGAGGGCCAAUGGGUCCAACUUAUUUCGGGAAUCCACCAAAUGCUGGUAUUUUGAUGCAGUACCCAACCUCUCCCCUUGCAAGUCCAGUUUUGCCGGGUUCACCUGCAGGUGGAACUGCUCUUCCUCGGGGGAGAACUGAUAUGAGAUUUCCACCAACUUCUGGUAGAAAUACCAACGUAUAUUCUGGAUGGCCAGGGCAGAGAGGUUUCGAAAGUUUUGACGACCCCAAGAUAUAUAAUUUCCUUGAGGAGUUGAAAUCUGGCAAGGGCCGCAGAUUUGAGCUAUCUGAUAUCACAGGACAUAUUGUCGAAUUCAGUUCUGAUCAACAUGGGAGCCGAUUUAUUCAGCAGAAGUUGGAAAAUUGUAGUGGGGAAGAGAAGGCAUCUGUGUUCAAAGAAGUUCUUCCACAUGCAUCCAGAUUGAUGACUGAUGUUUUUGGUAACUAUGUCAUUCAAAAGUUUUUUGAGUAUGGCAGCCCUGAUCAGAGGAAGGAACUUGCAAAUCAACUGACAGGUCAAAUAUUGACUUUAAGUCUUCAAAUGUAUGGCUGUCGUGUAAUUCAAAAGGCACUAGAGGUCAUCGAGCUUGAACAAAAAGCACAGCUUGUUCGUGAACUUGAUGGACAUGUUAUGAGAUGUGUCCGGGACCAAAAUGGAAACCAUGUAAUACAAAAAUGCAUCGAGAGCAUUCCAACAGAAAAGAUAGGGUUUAUAAUAUCUGCAUUCCGUGGCCAAGUUGCAACGCUUUCUAUGCAUCCUUAUGGUUGUCGUGUUAUACAGAGAGUUCUGGAGCAUUGCACAGAUGAGCUGCAAUGCCAAUUUAUAGUUGAUGAAAUCUUGGAGUCUGUAUGUGCUCUGGCUCAGGAUCAGUAUGGAAAUUAUGUCACUCAGCAUGUGUUAGAGAGGGGAAAACCUCAUGAAAGACGCCAAAUUAUCAGCAAGUUGUCAGGGCAUGUUGUACAGUUGAGCCAGCAUAAGUUUGCAUCAAAUGUUGUUGAAAAAUGUUUGGAGUACGGUGGUCCUGGAGAACGGGAACUCCUAAUUGGUGAGAUUGUUGGGCAUAAUGAGGGAAAUGAUAAUUUGCUGGCAAUGAUGAAGGAUCAAUUUGCAAAUUAUGUGGUCCAGAAGACCCUUGAAAUCUGUACAGAGAAUCAACGGACAAUAUUGCUCAACCGUAUAAGAGCUCAUGCUCAUGCGUUGAAGAAGUACACCUAUGGGAAACACAUUGUUGCUCGAUUUGAACAGGUUUUUGGAGAAGAAAAUCAGCCGUCAACAUAAACAUUGCGCACACAAUUUCCUGGGGCCUUAAGUCUGCGCCUGCAAUACAGGAAACGAUAAUCACGAAAACCUGUUCUGUUAUUUGGUUGGGAACCCGAGGGCCUACUUCUACGAACGUUGUCACGCGGCCCACCUGGCCGACACUGCAAGCCGUGUUGUGCAUGUCUGCAAUCUGAACACUUCCGAGGGUUGGAAGUGCCAAUCACUGGAGGAUUGGUGUGUGUAUAAGUUGGUAAAUAUUUUUACAUUUACACGCUAGGAUUAUUGGCUUGUAAUAACUACAUGGGAAUAUUUGGAAGGAAACCCUUCCUGGUAAUGUAAAUUAAUGUACUAGAUUUACACUGCAAACUUGCACAUGCGUGGUUUUUAUUGGAAAUUGAUGGUCGCUUACUUAGAAACGUUUUGCGUCUUUGGUGCCUUGUUCUUCAUGUUUA